UGGUGCAUUCUGGGUAUGACACACUUCGGAAGAAAAUGGCCGCCGAGAUGCAAAUUACUAACCGGGAUGGUCACUUAAAUUUCUAUGAAUGAAACGAGUGUUUACUUUAUAAAUGUGCCUAGUAAUGAAGCGGAGAAGAAAGCUAGAUUAGGAAGUAAAAAGAUAUUAUAAUUUAUCGUCCAGUUUAAUUGAAUUCAGCUGGUUUCUGAGAUGAAAAUUUCACUCUAAAGUCAGCUUCUGCAGCCGAAAAAUUUGACAGUUUUGUUCUGUUUGAGGCUGAAAGUUCUAAGUUAACAGCCUCAAGAUGAUGUGCGACGUGAUGCCCACGAUCUCCGAGGACGGGUCAACGGACCGAGAGUCCCAGGAAUCAGGGGAUGAUGCCAACUUUGAGCAGCUAAUGGUGAACAUGCUAGAUGAAAGAGAUAAGUUGAUGGAAGCUCUUCGGGAAUCUCAAGACCUCCAGGCACAGACUCAAACAAAAUUACAAGAACUAGAAAAAGAAAAAGAAAGCCUACAAAGGCAGCUGCAAUCCACCCAGCCCCAGGAGCUGGCAUCCAUUACAAAAGAGUUGAACUGUAUACGAGAGCAACUAAUAGAGAGGGAAGAAGAGGUGCACGAACUCAAAGCUGAAAGGAAUAAUACUAGAUUGCUGUUGGAACAUUUAGAAUGUUUAGUAUCUCGUCAUGAAAGAUCGCUAAGAAUGACAGUUGUGAAGCGGCAAGCCUCAUCACCAGCUGGUGUCUCUAGUGAAGUCGAAGUUCUCAAGGCUCUCAAAUCACUGUUUGAACAUCAUAAGGCAUUAGAUGAAAAGGUUAGAGAGAGAUUAAGGGUUGCUCUUGAGAGAGUUUCAACCCUAGAGGAGGAGCUUGCCACUGCCAACCAGGAGUUGUUUACAUUACGGGAACAGCAAACAAAAUCCCGCCAUUCCAGCGGUUCUACAGAGGAUGGUAGACAUUCAGUGAAGAAUGACCCGACAUCACCCCCACCUAGCUCAGAUCAUACUGUAGAAAAAGAUCAUCAUCCAAAGAGAUUAUCAAAUGGAUCUAUAGACCCGGAUUCUGAUGUGAAUAGAGUUAUAGAAUUACAAGAAACUGUUGAAAAACAGAACUCUGAACUUACAAAUACGCGAACAAAAAUGUUAGAAUUGAACAAUAAGUUUACUGAAGUUGAGGAGAAUUAUACAACUGCACAAAAGGAUUUAAUCAAAGCUCAGGAACAAGUUGUGAAACUACAGAGAGAUCUCAGAGAGUCAAUAGCACAAAAAGAAGACCAAGAAGAAAGGAUAGCUACAUUAGAGAAACGCUACUUAACUGCUCAGAGAGAGACUACAUCCUUACAUGAUUUAAACGAUAAAUUAGAGUCAGAGCUAGCUACCAAAGAUGGUCAAUUAAAAACACUUGAAGAAAAAAUCAGAGUGCUGCAAGAAAAAUUAGAAGGGGCGGAGUCUAAAUUACAGCAGUCAUUACAUAAAGCUGAAGCUCUGCCUACUGUGGAGGCGGAGCUACAGCAGAGAAUGGAGGCGUUGUCAGAGGCAGAGAGACGCCAUGGCUCAAUAGAGGAGAGAAUGCAGCAAUUAGAAUCCAAAGUUCAAGAGAAAGAUUCAGAAUUACAGAGG